AUGGCUUCCAAUGCUCCCGCAGAAAAGGCCCAAGACGGCGGCAAUAGCAAUGCAUCAGCCGCCCCGCCCGGCAGCCAAACAUUGACCGGAAAGCAAGAGCAUUAUCUCAAGCGCGAGCUUAUCGCCGAGCAAGUGAAAUGGGAGAUAUCAGAGCUCAACUCGCCAACGUCGCUGCGGCGAUUCGGCGCCCCCUUCAAAUCCGAGUUCGGCGAGGUCUCGCCCUUCGACUCCGAACUCCCGAUCCUGCGAUACAUCUUCGUGCACCAUGUGCGCGAAUUCCCGUUCCUGGACAAGGCAAAUGAGAAGGAGUUUUGGCAGGAUAAGCUGCAGGUGUUCCUCGAAUCCUUCACCACCAAGAAUAUAUCAUCGUCAGAAGACCGACUAGAGGAGACGAAGCGUCGAAAGCUUGCCACCAAAGCGCAAAAGCUCGUCGAGCUCAUGAUGGUCUCGGGUGUUGGGACCUCGUCUGGGUUUGAGGAGAGAAUACGUUUCUCGGAACUCGAGAUCGUGGAUCGAGAUGCCAUUGAUUCGGGAGUCAUAGCGUCGGUGCCUGAGGGGCACUACCUCAAUGGCUGGGACGUCAACGUUGCCGGCGUUCGAGUUACUUCUGUGAAGCGGAACGUCAGGUACCACAAACACGCAGAGUUCAUCUUGCGCGUCAAGCGGAAAGGGGAGCUGGAGCACUUCGUCGGUCGUCGGUAUGGCGAUUUCCCCCGCCUGGCCAAGAGGUUGCGGACGGAGUUGCCAGGAAGAGUCUUACCACCAGUUCCCAAGAAGAACAAGUCGAGUUCGACCACAUCCAAUAUCAUCGGGAGCAUCACUGGCGCCAACGACUCCGACGCCUCAUCAGUAUCUUCUAUCUCCACCCAGAUGACAGCGUUCCAGGCAGGCAAUGGCUCAUCAGACGGGCAUCGUAGAGACGACUCAAUAGCAUCCGGCCGGUCGUCCCCCAGAGUAUCUACAGAUGGUCGAUCCUCUAAUCCUGCCCUCCUUAGCCCGACAACAAAAUCAGAGACUGUCAUGCUGUGGAGAGAAAACCAGAGGAUAUCUCUCCGUGCAUUCCUGAGGACUCUGCUGCACAACCCUCAGGUUGCGAAGACCAAGGCCAUGGAGGAGUUCCUUACGAAAGAUCCGAUAACGCCCACGGACGACGACGUUGAAGAAAUCAUUCGCAGGAAAAGGGUGGACGAGAAGCGCGUGGAAGAGCAGAAGAAAUUCUACGAGAUCGCGAGAAAGCGUGCUGCUGAACUUGACGUCUAUAUGGAGCAGUUUCGACAGGACAUCGUUGAGCGCAACGGGUUGACGAUGCUCUUCAAAGAAAUCAAAGAGAAGGAAACGAUCCAAGAUCUUAGCGUCCAGUACCAGAAGUUCGCCGAGUGGUUACGCAUAGAGGUUGCGGCCACUAUCUACCACCUUUUCCUCGCCGAAGACAACUCGCCCGAGAUGUUUGCCCAGGCAAAGAGAAUCCAUUCCCUAAUACCGUACACGAUAAUGAAGAAUGUCAUCCGCGUCGCGAACCCCGCCGCGGUCAUGGCCAAUGUCCUAGACCUCUUUCUAGCACAACCAUUCGGCGCGAGGUCAUUGAUGCAGCGAAUAUUCUCGCUGACUCUUAACGACGGCAUCAAAGUCAUCCAGAGGUCUAUCGAUGCUCUUAGCGUGGAGAUAGGAGACCCCGUCUUCGUUGACAAACUGAAGCAGUACGUGGAGGGGGAGGAACAUAUCAAAGUGGCGAUCCAGGAGGAAGCAAAGAGCGACGACGUCGAUAUCAUUGUCGCUAUCCUGCGAUCGGACCUGAUCUACCCGGACCUCGUACCGGAGCAGAUCGGCCGGCUGUACAAUGCCUACGUUGCUUUCAACAGUGCAGUUGAAAACGUGGACGAGGAACUGAGGCAGGGGGCACAGCUGUUCUCGUACCUGAAGCAGCUGAUGAAGCUCAACAUGAGGCAACGUGAUAAGGCCAUGAUGCUGCGUCUGGUCGAGGAGCCAGUGACACUUCAGCUAUUCCGAGAUCUGUUCACCAUCUUCUACGAGCCGCUGGUAAGGGUAUAUAAGUCGGCAAACGUAUACAAUAGUGUCACAGACUUUGCUGUCUUUAUCGACGACUUGAUCCAGGUUGUCGAGAAAUGCCGAGACCAAGAUGCAUCGGCAGAUCCCAACCAGACCGUUCAAGCCUUCAUCGACCUGUGCCGGCGCCAUGAGCAUAACUUCUACAAGUUUGUGCACGAAGUCCACACUCACGAUAACGGGCUAUUCACGAAGUUGAUGGGUUGGAUAGAGGGCAUUCUGGAGUUCCUGCGACACGGACCCAAGAAUGGGACCCUGGAUAUUAACGAUCUCUUCGAGAAAUCCAUCGUCGAGGGCACAAUCGACAAGGAGAAGGCUAUCGUGGAGAUUGACCAGCUCAUAUCGUGGCAGGAGGCUCGGAAGAAGUGGCACCAAGACAAGACGCGGCAGAAGAUGGCCGCCGAGGGAGUCGGGACAUCGGAAUUGGCUGCCGCCCCGAUGAACUUCAAUCCCAAUGACUUUGGUCUCGACCAAAUGGACCUAGAGGACAUGGCAUACGAGGAUGAUUCGGAGUCCGAGGGGGACCUGGAAGCCGAGGAAGAUAUGGACCCGAUCGACGCCGAGAGGAAGAGAAGAAGAAAGGUUCAGGAUAGACUGCGGCGAUACGCGGGAGAGCCGGUGAGACCGGACGUGUCGGAGGUGCACAAGCUGAAGGAGAACUUCUUGGUGAUGCUGAAGAUGGUUUUGGCCGACUCGCACGCCUCCCCAAGACCACGUCGAAACCGCGCUGAUGAAGCUUCUCUUACAGCAAGGGUCAUCGCAAACCAACCCCUGCGAGCGAAGGAGGCAUCGCCUUUUGUCAGCAGCAAGUACCCCGUCAUCGACCACGAGUACGACGCCGUUGUUGUCGGAGCCGGUGGCUCGGGACUGCGGGCGGCAUUCGGUCUUGCCGAGGCUGGAUUCAACACGGCAUGCAUUUCCAAGCUCUUCCCCACCCGAAGCCACACGGUCGCCGCCCAGGGUGGCAUCAACGCUGCGCUCGGAAAUAUGCACGAGGACGACUGGAGGUGGCACAUGUAUGACACCGUCAAGGGCUCCGACUGGCUUGGUGACCAAGACGCCAUCCACUACAUGACCCGGGAGGCUCCGGCUUCCAUCAUCGAGCUCGAACACUACGGCUGCCCCUUCUCCAGAACUGAGGAUGGCAAGAUCUACCAGCGGGCCUUCGGUGGCCAGUCUCAGAAAUUCGGCAAGGGCGGCCAGGCAUAUCGCUGCUGCGCCGCCGCCGAUCGUACCGGACACGCCCUUCUGCACACCCUCUACGGCCAAUCGCUUAGGCACAACACCAACUAUUUCAUUGAGUACUUUGCACUUGAUCUGAUCAUGGAGGACGGCGAAUGCCGAGGCGUCCUUGCUUACAACCAGGAAGACGGCACGCUUCACCGAUUCUUGGCAAAGAACACUGUCUUGGCUACUGGUGGAUACGGACGGACUUACUUCAGCUGCACCUCCGCUCACACUUGCACGGGUGACGGAAUGGCCAUGGUUGCCCGUGCCGGCCUGCCAAACCAGGAUCUCGAGUUCGUCCAGUUCCACCCCACUGGUAUUUAUGGCGCUGGCUGCUUGAUCACCGAGGGUGCCCGUGGUGAGGGUGGCUACCUGCUCAACUCGGAGGGUGAACGGUUCAUGGAGAGGUACGCCCCGACGGCGAAGGAUCUUGCCAGCCGUGACGUCGUCUCCCGGUCCAUGACCAUGGAGAUCCGCGACGGCCGUGGUGUUGGCGCCGAGAAGGAUCACAUAUUCCUGCAACUCAGCCAUCUGCCCGCCGAGGUUCUUGCCGAACGCCUUCCCGGUAUCUCCGAGACUGCUGGUAUCUUCGCCGGCGUUGAUGUUCGCAAGCAGCCCAUCCCCGUCCUGCCGACUGUCCACUACAACAUGGGUGGUAUUCCCACUCGGUAUACGGGUGAGGUUAUCAAGGUGGACGAACAAGGCAACGACCAGGUCGUCCCCGGUCUCUUUGCGUGCGGUGAGGCGGCCUGCGUCUCCGUCCACGGAGCCAACCGGUUAGGAGCCAACUCGCUUCUCGACUUGGUCGUCUUCGGUCGGGCCGUCUCCCACACCAUCCGGGACAAGUUCACGCCAGGGCAGGCUCACAAGCCGAUCAGCGCCGACGCCGGUGCCGAGUCCAUCGAGGUCCUCGACCAGAUCCGCACUUCAGACGGCCCCUUGAGCACGGCCGAGAUCCGUCUGAGCAUGCAGAAGGUCAUGCAGAAGGAUGUCAGCGUGUUCCGGACACAGGAGAGUCUGGACGACGGCGUCCGCGGCAUCACCGAGGUCGACCAGACCUUCUCUCAGGUCGGCAUCAAGGACCGAAGCAUGAUCUGGAACUCGGAUCUCGUUGAGACUCUAGAGCUGAGGAACCUGCUCACUUGCGCUACCCAGACGGCCGUCUCCGCCUCCGCGCGGAAGGAGUCGCGCGGUGCACACGCCCGCGAGGACUACCCCGACCGCGACGACACCAACUGGAUGAAGCACACCCUGAGUUACCAGAAGACCCCGCACGGCAAGGUCGACCUCUCGUACCGCCGCGUCAUCGGCACGACCCUCGACGAGAACGAGUGCAAGGCCAUCCCGCCCUUCAAGCGCGUCUACUAA